CCCAAGGGUUCAUUAAUCCACACUGCACUCUCUAUUAUAUGCACUUAUGCAGUUAUGCACAGCACAACACAACACAGAAACCUCUCUCUCUCUCUCUCUCUCUCUCUCUCACUCACUCACUCUCACUGUCACAGCUUUCACAGAUUUAGCCAAACACAAGUAGUCCUCUCUCCCUCUCUGUAACACCGAAACCCAUCCUUCCAUUCACCAUUUUUCAGCCAAUUAACCCUCUCUCUCUCUCUCUCUCUCUCUCUCUCUCAUGCAUUCAUGAGUUGCGUCUUCAGAGCCCAUUCAGCUCUGGGGGCGGUGCCGGCCGGGAAAAAAUUCAAUCUUUCUUCCGAUUAUUAUUCCAACUUUACUUACAAUCAUAUAUAUAUUGAUGGGUUGUUUGGUAUCUCAGCUGGCGGCCAAGUUCGCCUUCUUUCCGCCGUCUCCGGCCACCUACGAGGUGAAGAAGCGCGACGACGGGCGCCUCGCCGCCGUGUCCACCGCCUCCUCCAUGCCCAUCUCCGACGACCCUUGUUUGGAUGUGCUCCUUCUGGACACCAAAAGAGGCAACAAGAUCGUUGCUUUUUACCUCAAGAACCCAUACGCUAGACUCACUAUGCUAUACUCUCACGGCAAUGCGGCUGAUCUCGGCCACCUCUAUGACUUGUUUCUUCAGCUUAAAGCUAAUCUCCGAGUCAACCUUAUGGGAUAUGACUAUUCUGGUUAUGGAGCUUCUAAUGGGAAGCCAAGUGAGUUUGAUACAUAUGCUGAUAUCGAGGCGGUAUAUGAAUGCCUUCAAACUGAAUAUGGUGUUAGCCAGGAAGAUCUGAUUUUGUAUGGACAGUCUGUUGGAAGUGGCCCGACAUUGCACUUGGCAGCUCGAUUGCCAAGGCUGAGAGGCGUAGUUCUGCAUAGUGGCAUUCUCUCUGGUCUUCGUGUGCUCUGUCAUGUGAAGUUUGCAUUUUGUUGUGACAUUUACAAGAAUGUAAACAAGAUUCGGAAGGUGAAAUCCCCUGUGCUUGUAAUACAUGGCACGGAAGAUGAUGUGGUGAACUGGUUGCACGGUGACCGACUGUGCAAAAUGGCUAGGGAUCCGUACGAGCCCUUGUGGAUUAAGGGAGGAGGGCACUGCAACUUAGAGCUUUACCCCGACUAUAUCCGCCACCUAUGCAGGUUCGUCCAAGAAAUGGAGAACAUGAACACGAAAGCUCAACUCCAAAAGAUCCGCCAAACACUCCCUCCACAAAACAGAUCAAACACCGCCCCGACAUGCUGCUGCAACAUCAAAUGCCCGAAGCCCAGAUGCACAAAAUGCAGCUGUUGGCCAAAAUGCCCGGAAUUCUCAAAGCCCAGUUGCACGAAAUGCCUGGAGUGCUCGAAACCGAGCUGCACGAAAUGCUGGUGUUGGCCAAAAUGCCUGGAGUGCUCGAAACCUAGUUGCACGAAAUGCUGGUGUUGGCCGAAAUGGAGGCUCAAAUGCCCAAAAUGGAAGCUAAAAUGCGGGUGUUUACAACCGAGCUGCAUAAAAUGCUCGUGUUGGUGGUCGAAAUGCUCGUGCAGGCAGCCAAAAUGCUGGUGUUGGUGAUAGGUAUGGUAUGGUGGUGGGGGGUAUACAAACUUAGAAAGUUGUUGUAUAGAAGAUGAGCAGUCAAUAUCCCUUCAAUCUGUGCAGUAAUCUUUAGAGAUUGCUAUCAUAAAUUAGACAAUAGGUUUCAGUUCCAACUUCAUAGUGCUAAUAUAUAAUGCUGCUGCUGAUUCAGCAAAAUCUAUUUUA